AACAAAACCGGGGAUCCCUUCUCAGUUGUCUUCUCUGUUUGGUGGAGCGAGAGCUGCUGCUGUCCUUCCUGAUGAGGCUCCAGUGUCGUUUGAGGAUUUGGCGAUCUAUUUCACCGACGAGGAGUGGGCCCUGCUGAAUACGGACCAGAAGGCUUUGCACGUGGAGAUCAUGGAGGAGAACUGCGCCAAUCUGGCCUCUCUUGCAGGUGAUGGCCGGGAGGGCGAGAAGGAAAGAGAGGGGCAUCGUCCCCCGGACAAAGGAGAGGAUCAGCAGAGCAAGGAAACCGAAGGCACCGAGAAAAGGAUGAAGGCACCCACUGCUUCUCGGAGCGCCGGCGUCUGUGAAAUCCCGGUCCGAGAAAACGCAAGGACGGAAAAGGAAGGCAGCGAGUGCCUCGUCUGUGGGGAAACCUUCAGGUGCAAAUCGAGUCUCAGAGCUCAUCUGAAAGUCCACAAAGAGGAGAAACCCUUUAAAUGCUUCGACUGCGGGAAGAGCUUCUCCCAGAGGAAAGGCCUCAUUCGCCACCAGAGGAUCCACACAGGGGAGAAACCCUACACCUGCCUGGAGUGUGGGAAGAGCUUCCGCCAGAGCGCGGCCCUGAUCACCCACCAGCGGAUCCACACGGGGGAGAAGCCGUACACUUGCUUGGAGUGUGGAAAGAGCUUCUGUCAGAAGACCACCCUGGUUCGGCACCAAAGGAUCCACACCGGAGAGAAACCCUACGCUUGCCUCGAAUGCGGGAAGAGCUUCAGUCACCGAUCACAGCUGACGUCUCAUAUAAGGGUCCACACGGGGGAGAAACCCUACACCUGCCUGGAAUGCGGGAAGAGCUUCAGUCAGAAUACGAACCUGACUUUGCACCAGAGAACCCACACGGGGGAGAAACCCUUCAGGUGCCUCGAGUGCGGAAGGAGCUUCAGCCACAGCUCGACCCUAAUGGCCCAUCAAAGGACCCACACGGGGGAGAAGCCGUUCACGUGUUUAGAGUGCGGGCAGAGUUUUGCCCAAAACGCAAGCCUCAUCUUCCACCAGAGGACCCACACGGGGGAGAAGCCGUACACGUGUUCGGAGUGCGGGAAGAGCUUCAGCACCAGCACGAGCCUAACCUCACACCGGCGGAUUCACACGGGGGAGAAACCCUACACGUGCUCCGAAUGCGGGAAGAGCUUCUGCACAAGCACCAACCUGGUGACGCACCAGAAAAUCCACACGGGGGAAAAACCUUUCAAGUGCUCUGAGUGUGGAGAAAAUUUCCGGAAAAAAGCGCACCUCCUCAGGCAUCACAUGACGCACACCGGGGAGAAGCCCUAUAAAUGCGUGGACUGCGGGAAGAGCUUUAGUGAGAAAAGGAACCUGGUUUCUCAUCAAAAAAUCCACUCGGAGUUUUGGGACGGAAGCCCUCCAAACAGUAGCUGGGCUUCGCCUUCUCUGGAUUCAAAGGAUGUCCCUGUUUCCCAGAAUUCUAGCCCUUUCCAGAACAUUCUGAGUUGUACUUCGAGCCAAGUGGAAAGUUUGGAGUGCUUUACAAUAUUUUUAAAUGAAUACAAGACCUUCCUGCAGAUGAACGAAAAGCGAGUAUCUGGAAGAGCGUAUACCUUUGGGAGCAGAGGCAAAACUCUUGUCAUGAGGCACAAAAUGAUGCCAGAGAAGGGGAAAAAUCCAAACAUGGUCUCCCAGGACAAGGCUAGCCCCGAACAAGAAUGGCAAGUUAGGAGACAACUGGAGGAACAAAACCAAGCAGGCCCGGAGGCCAAGGAUCCUUUGGAGAAGAUGGGAAACACCCCUUUUGAAACGAAAGCUGGGAAUCUGGAGGGUUUCAUGAAAAGAGGAAGCGGAGGCCAAACGAUAAAUGAUCCAGGAGACCGGCGGUUGAAAUACCUAGACCCUCGCGCAGCUUUGAAGGCAGCUGAGUCCCGUAACGUGGGGUGGGGAAACCUGGAGACGCCGACAUCGGAGCCGUGGGAGAAUGCCAAAGCUUGCUUGGCCUCCUUAGAGGGAGCGGCUGAAGUGUACCGGAGGUUCAAAGGCCUGGCAGAUCUCAGCAGGGCGGCCCCUGGGGACUGCCGCAGGAUCGAGACCACCAAGGUGGAGGAUCUCCUGCGAGAGGACUCGGCCGGCACCGAGGUGCCACGGACCCUCUUCCGGGAAUUUCGUUACGAAGAGGCCAAGGGACCCCGGGAGACCUGCAGCCGCCUCUGGUAUCUUUGCCAUCGGUGGCUGAAGCCUGAGAGACACACCAAGGAGCAGAUCCUGGAGCUGGUGAUCCUGGAGCAGUUCCUGGCCAUCUUGCCCUCCGAGCUUCAGAACUGGGUCAAGGCGGGGUGCCCUCAAACGUGCGACCAGGCGGUGGCGCUGGCGGAGGGUUUCCCAUCACGAUCGCGAGAGGCCGAGGGUCUGAAACAGGAGGGGACAGGGCAGAGCCAGGAGAUGGCUUUGAGUUUCCCCAUAGUUGAACAACCUUUGCUUGGGGCAGAUGAGACACUGCGUUGCUCCCAGGUCAAGCAAGAGGGCGGUGGUGAAAUGGAUUCAGAAGCAGGAGAUGACUGGAUGAUUGAGACCAGACGGGAGGGCCCUCAAGCAGGUGCUCCAGAGCUAGAGAAGCUUCAAGGGAAACCCUGGGCAAGACCCGCCUGGUGCCAAGAGGACGGUGGAGAAGCUUCUGCAAGUCGUGACGAUGGAUCUGCGGUGCGAAGCGAGAACUGCCAAGCUCAGAAAGCCGUGCAGGUCCUCUCCCCUCUACGGGAGGACGGCGACGCGAGCCAGCCUGUGGUUGUCAAGAGAAGGCGUCGAAGUCGGGGGAAGAAGACCUGCGGCGUCUGUGGGAAGACGUUCAGUCGGUGCACGGUGCUGGCGGCCCAUCAGAGAACCCACACGGGGGAGAAGCCGUUCAUGUGCAAAGACUGUGGGAAGUGCUUCAGCUUCAAGUCCACUCUGGUGGCCCAUGAGAGGACCCACACGGGGGAAAGACCGUAUACAUGCGAUCAGUGUGGGAAAAGCUUCACUGUCAGCUCGGUGCUCACGAGACACUAUCGGGUCCACCUCGAAAAGGAGCCGUUCUACUGCUCGGAUUGCAACCAGAGCUUCCCGCAGAAAUCUCAGCUCCUCAACCACCAGAAACUGCAUGUGAAGGAGAAGCCGUUCAAGUGCGGACAGUGUGGGGAAGGCUUCAGCCGGAGCUCCAGCCUCAAGAAACACGAGGGCUCCCAUACAGGGGAGAAGCCCUUCAAAUGCCCAGAUUGCGAGAAAUCCUUCAACACCUCCUCCCAGCUGGUCAAGCACUAUCGGGUCCACACGGGGGAGAGGCCAUACAACUGCUCUGAGUGCGGGAAAAGCUUCAGCCAGUGGCAGAUCCUGAUGGUGCACCAGAGGAUCCACACGGGCGAGAAGCCCUUCAAGUGUGCCACCUGCGGGAAGUGCUUCUCGGACCGGGCUGUCCACAUCCGGCACCAGAAGGUCCACACGGGGGAGAGGCCGCACGAGUGCGCCACCUGCGGAAAAAGGUUCACCCACCGGACUGUCCUGGUGAAACAUCAGAAGAUCCACGCCAGGGAAGCUUUAAAUCUGCUCAGAAUGGAAGAGGAACAGCAGCUGGCCACAGGGCAGCACGAACAGCCGCCACCAGCAUCAUCCAAAGAAGCUCCGGAACUGAUGAUGGGCGAACCAAAUGAGACCCAGUCGAAACAGUUCGAAUGUCAUGAAACCCUGAAAGAGGCAGGGUCUCUUGACUCAAAAGGCAGAGCCCCCCGAAUACCCUCUUGGGAGAAUGCCAAGACUUCCCUGGCCUCUCUUGAGGGGGCCACUCCUGCUUCCUGGGAAGCCAGAGGACUGGCAAGUUUCAGCAGAGAAGCGCGAGGCGACGGUGAAAAAACGGAAGGCGCCAAGAUGGAGGAUCUCCUGAAAGACGAUUCGGUCAACAUGGACGUGCAACGGACCCUCUUCCGGGAAUUUCGUUACCAGGAGGCCGAGGGGCCCCGCGAGGCCUGCAGCCGCCUCUGGUAUCUUUGCCAUCGGUGGUUGACGCCGGAGAGACACACCAAGGAACAGAUCCUGGAGCUGGUGAUCCUGGAGCAGUUCCUGGCCAUCCUUCCACUGGAGAUCCAGAGCUGGAUCAAGAGGGGUGACCCACAGACCUGUGACCAGGCGGUGGCCCUGGCGGAGGGCUUCUUACUAAGACGACAGAAGCCCGGGCAACUGGAAAAAGAGGAUGUGACCCAGAUCCAGAAGGUGUCUUCAAACGUCCACACCACUGAGGGGUCUCUGCCUGUUCCUGAGGGGAAGCGGCUUUGCUCUGAAGCUAAGCCGGAGGAUGACAGGGAUAACGGCUCACAGACAGGUGAUGCGUGGACGACGGAAGCGAAAAGCGAGACAUCUCGAGUGGAAAAAGCUAAGCCAGUGAAACCUCCUGGGUAUUCCCAGGAAGGUGUCCUGUGCCUGCGGAAGAGCAGAGAAAUUUCCGAGAGUCCUAAAAGACUGGAGAAGGGAAAGAAAAACCACCUUGAUUCAAGAGUGGAUGGAUUCUUCCCUUAUUUAGAAGAAGGCAGGGACGGGAACCAAACCAUAAUCGUAAAGAGAAGGCGCAGGACUAGAGGCGAGAAGGUGUGUAAUGUGUGCGGGAGGAGCUUCAGCCGGACCACGGUGCUGGUGGCCCAUCAGAGAACCCACACCGGGGAGAAGCCCUUUAUGUGCAAGGAUUGUGGGAAAUGCUUCAGCUUGAAGUCCACGUUAGUGGCCCACGAACGGACCCACACGGGGGAGAGACCCUAUACAUGUUCCCAGUGCGGGAAAAGUUUCACAGUCAGCUCCGAUCUCACCAGGCACUACCGGAUCCACAUCGGAGAGAAGCCCUUCAGCUGCUUGGAGUGUGACAAAAGCUUCAGCCGGAAAACACAGCUUCUGAACCACCACAAAGUCCACACCCGGGAGAAGCCGUUCAAGUGCGGGGAGUGUGGGGAGACCUUCAGCCGGAGCUCCAGCCUCAUGAUCCACGAGGGCUCCCACACAGGAGAGAAACCCUUCAAAUGCCCAGAUUGCGAGAAAUCCUUCAACACCUCCUCCCAGCUGGUCAAGCACUAUCGGGUCCACACGGGGGAGAGGCCAUACAACUGCUCUGAGUGCGGGAAAAGCUUCAGCCAGCGGCAGAUCCUGAUGGUGCAUCAGAGGAUCCACACGGGCGAGAAACCCUUCAAAUGCGCCACCUGCGGGAAGUGCUUCUGUGACCGGGCUGUUCUCAUUCGCCAUCAGAAGGUCCACACGGGGGAGAGGCCGCACGAGUGCGCCACCUGCGGAAAGAGCUUUUCUCACCGGGCCGUUCUUGUUAGACAUCAGAAAAUCCACACCAGAGAAACUCUGAAUGUACUGAUUGUAGACAAUGAACCCGAUGAAACCCCAUAAAUGCUCAGAUUCUCCGAUUGGGUCUUACUAUAGCAAGUUGUGGUCUAUAACACCUGACAGGCAGUGUGCUCCAGCCGGUUCAUAAGACAUGUGUAGAAGAACAGAAACUUGGCCACAGAUGUAUUUUCAUUGUGAUGUGGGUCAAGGCUCUUAACACGCCCGUCUGAUGGUUUUCACCAGAAAUACGGAUAUCAUAAGAUAACUGUGGUUUCUGUCAGAGAGGGCUUCAUGUCUUCUCUCCAGAGUGUCCAAAUGUGGAUACCAGCACCCCACCUCAAAAAAAAUUGUGUAAUUUUUUUUAAAAAAAAUUUGUGUGCGUGUGUGUUCGGCUGAUGAAAUUGCCUUGCACUCUCUUAAGGCAGACAUUCUCAACGGGAAAGAUGUAUGGCCCCCUCUGGCACAUUUGGGGGUGGGGGCUGGCACUUAUGAAGGAAGCCACAGACUGGAAACAGUUCUUCAUACACCACCUUAUGGAGGUUCAUUAUGUGUUUUAUACUAUCCUGAUUUUGCCUACAUUUCAUUCAUUUUGUGUUUAUGGCCAUGGCAAAA